GCAAUGUGUCUUGCUUCGUCGUUCACCCUCCCCUUCUCGCUUCGCCUCGGCUUGCUUCGCUUGCCCCUCUCGUGCGCCCCAUCCCGUGCGACAUCCUCUCACUCACUCACUCUGGCAUCAUUUCUCGCCCCUCGCUCGCACAUUCUCGCUCAUCCAGACAAAAAGCGCCACGGGUACGGCCACCGCUGCAUCAGUCGCCUCCGCCACACACGCUGCCUCCAACACAGCUUCCUCGUCUUCGGCAAGCUCCCGCUCCCUGUCCACGUCAUCCACUGCCGCAAACAACGCCAACACCACCAACGACGCCAUGGCUGAGGAACUCCGCACCAAAGUCUGCAUCAUCGGCAGUGGCCCCGCAGGCCACACCGCCGCCAUCUACGCUGCUCGCGCUGAGCUGAAGCCCAUCAUGUUCGAAGGCUUCCUUGCCAACGACGUUGCUGCUGGCGGCCAGCUUACCACCACCACCGAUGUCGAGAACUUCCCCGGCUUCCCUGAGGGCGUCCUCGGCGCUGAGAUUUGCGAGCGGUUCCGCAAGCAGAGCGAGCGCUUUGGCACGCAAAUCUUCACGGAGACAGUGACCAAGGUCGACACCACCGCCCGCCCGUUCAAGGUGCAGAGCAAAGACCGCACAGUCGUUGCAGACACGAUCAUCAUCGCCACGGGCGCCGUGGCCAAGCGCCUGCACUUUCCCGGCUCUGGCGAGGGCGAGGGCGGGUUCUGGCAGCGCGGCAUCUCGGCGUGUGCGGUGUGCGAUGGCGCAGCACCCAUCUUCCGCAACAAGCCGCUGGUGGUGAUUGGCGGCGGCGACUCUGCCAUGGAGGAGGCCACCUUCCUCACCAAGUACGCGUCCAAGGUGUACAUUGUGCACCGUCGUGACGAGCUCCGCGCGUCCAAGAUCAUGCAACACCGCGCCAUGUCCAACCCCAAGAUUGAGUUUCUGUACUCGAGCGAGGUGGUGGAGGCCAAGGGUGACGACCUGCUCCGCUCCGUGAUGGUCAAGGACAAGAAGACGGGCGAGACACGCGAGGUGGAAGCAAACGGGCUCUUCUUUGCCAUUGGCCACAAGCCCGCGUCGGACUUUCUCGAGGGACAGCUGGAGACAGACACGGACGGGUACAUUGUGACCAAGCCUGGCACGACGCAGACGAGCGUUGAAGGCGUGUUUGCUGCUGGUGAUGUGCAGGACAAGAAGUGGCGCCAGGCCGUCACGGCUGCCGGCACGGGGUGCAUGGCUGCACUCGAGGCUGAGCACUACCUCGCCGCCAUGAACGACCAGUGACCCUGAUGUGUGCUUGCUGCUAUUCUCGCUGUCUCAGUUUGCUUGCGCGUCCCUCGCUGUUGUUUGCGUAGAUGCGUGGUUGUUGUUGUUGUUGUUGUUGGGAUUGCGAGCUAGUGUAUUGUGUUGGCAUAGCCGAGAUGCGGCAGAGGAAGGAGAGGAGGUGGAGUGGGGAAGGGGGAGGGAUUGCGCAUGGCAAGACAGGUUCACAUACUUCAACAACACCUUUGAUCGUUCCACCCCCAUGGAAUGAAUACACACAUCGGACAUGACA